CAAUAAUGCUGAGUCAGAUGGCUACAAGACCUUCCACGUCACAAAAGUCCUACGUGGGAGAGAGAAAAAAGAAGAGAGAGAGGGAAGCGAGCGCUUCGUUCGUCGCCCGGCUACAGCGCACGUAUCGAGGGGAAAUAGCUCGCUUGCAGCCAGCGUGCUAGCGCUAGGCCGGCGCUUUGCUCUUCGCCUGGAUCUCGUGAGUCCCCUUUCCUUCGCGCCAAAUCAAGUUCUUCCCGCGCCGAAUCAAGCUCUGCCGCGCCAAAUCCCUGAACCUCCUCUAAAAAUCGAGCGCCCCCGCGUCAAAUCCCCCAAUUCCCCAAAAAUCGAGCCCCCACUCAAGAACCCUAGAGGCCCAGCCCGCCGCCGCCCGCCGCCGUCCGCCACCGCCCUCUGCGAGAUGGCCGGAAAAUCCAAGAGGACAACUGCACCGGUGCCUCCGGAGUUCCCAUGGCCGACGGCUCAGCCCGUCCCGCUGCCAGCAGCUCACCCCGUCCCGCCUCCGGCUGCUCAAUCUGGCGCCCCACUGCCGGCCAUCCCUUCCAUGUUUGCAACUGGGUCAUGGUUACCAGCGCAACCACCACAGUCCAUGGCGGCUACUACUCCACCGUGUUGGCUCCCUGGGGUACCUCAACCGGGCGAUUUGUCUCAAGGCCCAUGGUGGACACCGCCCACUGGAAUUGGAGUCUCAGCACAAUCUACACCCACGGCUGGGAAUCUUGAUGCGUACAAUCUGCAAGCUUGCAGGGGAUUGGAUUCUCACCCGCCUGGUGAUUUCCUUGGUUUCUUUACAAACACAUCAAGCCACAAACAAACUGUGGAAAAUGGGACUUCAUCGCAGCCAAUCAAAGUUAGUGAUGACACCAAUGGUGACAACUGUGCAAGGACUGAAAAACGUUUGCUAUGGACAAAAGAGGAGGAUCUUAGAUUGGUGGAUCGAAAAUUCUUGACGAAUACAUCCUCAAAACUGUCCCAGCUGUCGAUGGAACCUGGGGGAAGCUUCUUUAUCCAAGAUCGCGCGGCUCCACUCAGAUGUACUUGAAUGCUCUGCAUGGCUGUUGCUCUGGUUCCACCUAUCAGCUUCACUGUCUUGAGAUAAUCAAUUAGCCAAUCCUCGGGAUCUUGCAGGCCAUCGAAUUUUUUGAAAUUAUCGGGUAAUUUAAACCCUGAAGGAACUCGAGUUUUCCGGACCCUCCUUGUAAAGCACGGUAGCCCACACAUAUCCUCGUCGUCUAUUUCUGGGGAAUGCCGAUGUUCCCUUCUAUUUUGUCGUGCUCUGUCUACCCGUGCUUGAGUUGCUGUAUCUCUUGCCCCACUUGUUCUCUCGGGACCUGGUGCUGCUGCAGUAG